AUGUUUGGUGCUCGCUCUCUUGACCUCGUCCCUGAGUAUUUCGGCAUACCAGCCGAAAUGCCCCUGGACGAUGGAAAGCUCGACCCCAAUAACGCUGAUGGUCCCUUUGUUCUGGGUACCUUUCUUGAGUCUCUUGCCGACCCUUUCGAGGUACUCAAUGGGGGGCCGCACCGCGUCGAAAUACCAGACGGCCACGUGUAUAUAUGCCCCCAGAGCCUGCAAAAUACGGUUACGUUCAGGGAUCGUCAUUCAACCAAUCAUGAAAACCCUGAGAUCCGUUUCAAUUGUUCUGUAUCGUCUCAACUAAGUGUUGUGAGCGAUACAUUGGAAACAAGGUAUUUCGAUCCUGAAGAGUUUGAGUUUCCCGGAUACAUUUGCCAAUCCCUGGAUUCUGAGCCGAUCAAGAAGUGGCUCGAUGGAAAGCAGCAGGCAGAGCUUUACAUGAUCACCGGUGUUCAGGUGGCUAAAGGCCUUCGGGCUACCGUCACGACGAAGCUAGACCUGGGCUCGAGAUUUGGUUCUGAUGCGAAAGAGAUUGAGCACGAAAUUAUGCCCAGGAUGCAGAACGACGUUAUUGUUUCCUAUAAGGCUACAAAGUAUACGCUCUUUCGUCCCAGCCUGCUCAAUCUAUGGAAGUCUCGAGACUUUGAACACGGCGGUUGGAUGAUUCGGUCUGAGCCCGUCCUUGUGGGGGAUGACUAUGCUACCGCCAUCAAAAAGUUCAAGGAGAGAAAUGGUCCAAUCCUUCAUGUGCGAGAACAACAAACACAGUAG